AUGUGUCAAGUGCGAUAUUUCAAGGGAUAUUGCUUUCUCCAGGGUGCCGUACGGGCGGAUGACGAUUGCGAGCUUGCGAUUCGGGGAAUGGAACUUGUGUCGUCGUUGUUGUUGGAGAUACUUAAUGUGACAAUCGGUAUUGUGCUCGACUUCACCCAUUUUUUCGUCAGACUGAUACAGUUCUCGGUCGGUAUUGUCCCUGAGAGACUAGUGAUGGCGGAGAGAAAUCCGGAGGGGACUUCAAGCCAGCGGUGUGCCUCGAAAACUAGGAAAACUGUGGUUUUAGUAGGCACUACCGGAGUGGGAAAAUCCAGCCUCGGCAAUGUUUUAUUGGGGCUUCAUCCCACUAAGAACCCAGGUAGCAAGGGUUUCGUCACGUCGGCGUCGACGAAGUCCUGCACCGACGCUGCGGAGUGCCGUGACGGGUUCUGGUCGGGGAAUACGUCGAAACCCGUCAGGAUAUUCGAUACCCCGGGUCACGGGGACGCGGAUGGACGCGAUUGCUCAUUUCGCGAGUCCAUAGCCGAAAGCAUGCGGAAGGAGAGAUACGUGGACGCGUUUGUUUGGGUGAAGAAUUUCGAGGAGCCUCGAUUUGAUCAUCAGGAUGCGUCAUUCUUCAAUGUCUUUAGCGAGAUGUUCGGUCCGUGCUUCAUGCAAAACGUCGUUGUCAUCUUGGCUAGGUACAAUUAUUCUGCGGAUGCUGAACGGAGACGUCAGCGUGGAGGAGCCUCUCUCGAAGCAACCAUGGAAGGAAUCCGCGAUCAGCUUCAGGCUGAAAAUCUGCCGAUUUUUGCCGUCGACGCUUUGCACGACCCGGAGGAUGCGAUCCAACUCGACAGCUUUCAAAAUAACUCCAUUGCCUUGUGGGAAAUCAUUCAGCAAUUUUCCCGACAACCCGUUGCCAAUGUCCAUGCUGUCAAAACUGAACUAGAAGAACUCAACCAGCGCUACGACGAACUGCAAGCGUCGCUGGCCAAAAAGGACGAAGCUCAUGCGAGAGAAUUGAUGCAGAUCAGAGCGAAGCAACAAGAAUUGAUCGAUGCUCAGGCAUAUGAGAAAAGUAAAUGGGACGCCGUGAUGACCUCGAUAGAAGCAAAGAACGAGACUUUUUGCGCUCAAAUGAGGCAAAUGACUUUGGAUCACGGAGCAAGAAUGGGAAGGUUAGAAGAGGAAAAUGAGAAACUGAGGAAGAAGUACGAGAGGCAGAAAGACAAGGUGGAGAAAUUGGAAGCCAAGAAAGAAAAGCCCUGGUGGUGGUUGGACUUGUAGACCACCGAACGACCCAACUCGUCCUCGUCCGGGUCCUUUUGAUCCAAGACCUUCCUCUAGUUCCGCUACCAAGACAAUACUAGAUGGCUGGCUCAAGCUUUCAUGAUACAGUACUUGAAGGAUUCGAAGAAUUUUUUUUGAUUUUGAGCUUUGUCAAGAUUAUGCAUAGCUUCCCAAUGUAACAAAAACUCCAUACUGGGUUUCCCGGAAGUGCUUGCAAAUUAAUAUGGGUCGAACAACAGCAAAAAAUUGGCACCACCUUGUCGACGCGUGCUUUUCCCUUCAGAUGAAGAGUUGAAAAGUGGACUGCGAGUUUAAAUCCAUCACUUUUUUCCGAAUGCUUGCCAUUGUCUUGAAAUUUUCAACGACUGGGCGAGAAAACGAAAUUUUUUUGGUGUACUUUGAGUGUGAGCCGUUUUUAAUUUUCCAGGAAGAAGUACUGUAUCAUGUGAAAAAGCCUGGAGUAUGACGUUUCACCGUGACAAAUUUCAACCUUUGUUUUUUGGUUAAAUGCGUCCAUAUCUUAUGAUGAGGUUUUUUAUGUUGCUGCUUCAGUUGUGAUUCGAUUUCCGUUGAUUGUUGGGCGAUUCUAAUUUCCUUCGUGCACUAAUCCCGGUGCUUGAUGAAGUGCUGACUUCGAGCUUAUAGGUACUGUGUCCGAUUCUUGCUUUUGAGGAGUGUCUGUGAGGUACAUAGGUUUCACCUUCAUAACGCGUCCGAAUUUCGGAAUCCGCUGCAGAUAAUAAAGAAAACACCUGGUCUUCACAUUGCCGAA